CGACACGUGAUCUCAUUACAGAAGGAAAGUAACUUCUUCUCUUCUUAUUUAUCCUAUCCGACCGAUAUUGAUUUUUUCUUGUCUUCACUCUCGACUGAGAAACAAAACCUUUUACAAAGCUACCAAAAUGUCGAUGUUAAUGGCCGCUAAAUCCACUUCACUCUGCUACUCAAACUCUUCAAUCUCAUCCAGAACCAAGCAAAGCCCACGCGCCGUCAGAUGGGCUUAUCCGACGGUGAGAAUGCAGUCACGUGUCCACCGUCUGAUCGAAGAGCAAGGCGCGGUGCUCAUUCCAGGAGUCUACGACGCAUUGUCGGCAGCUAUCGUCCAGCAGACCGGAUUCUCCGCUGCGUUGAUCUCCGGUUACGCUCUCUCCGCCUCUAUUUUGGGAAAACCGGAUUUCGGUUUGAUAACACCGCCUGAGAUGGCAACAGCAGCUAGAUCGGUUUGUGCUGCGGCUCCAGGCAUACCUAUUAUUGCAGAUGCAGAUACUGGUGGAGGAAAUGCAUUGAAUGUUCAAAGAACCGUAAAGGACUUAAUUGCAGCUGGUGCUGCUGGUUGCUUCCUUGAGGAUCAGGCUUGGCCAAAGAGGUGUGGACAUAUGCGUGGAAAAGAGGUCAUACCUGCAGAGGAGCACGCUGCUAAGAUAGCAUCAGCGAGAGACGCUAUUGGAGAUUCUGACUUUUUCCUAAUCGCUAGAACCGAUGCACGUGCUCUGUCUGCAAAAACAGGCCUUUCAGACGCCAUUGACCGUGCUAAUCUCUACAUGGAGGCAGGAGCUGAUGCGUCCUUUGUUGAGGCACCAAGGGACGAUGAUGAGCUUAAGGAAAUUGGAAAGCGCACAAAAGGUUACAGACUAUGUAACAUGCUUGAAGGUGGACGCACACCAUUGCAUACACCUGAUGAGCUUAAAGAAAUGGGUUUUCAUUUGAUCGCUCAUCCGCUUACCUCACUCUAUGCAUCAACUCGUGCUCUUGUCGACGUCCUCAAGAUCCUCAAGGAAAAGGGAACCACUAAAGAUCAUUUGGAAAAGAUGAUUACUUUCGAGGAGUUUAAUCGUUUGGUGAACUUGGGUGAUUGGUAUGAGCUCGAAACUAAGUACUCUAAUCUCAGAAACGCUCUUGGCACAACAAAGUCAUGA